ACUCCGCAUGUUUGGCUGCAUUGCGCAGUCUCAGCCCCAUCUCGACUUUUAUCCCUUGAGUCGUGUGAUUCCAGCAGCCACUCACUUUUAUUAACACAGUUGCAUCUCGGAGGACUUCACUCUCAUUUUGUCAUGUCUGAUCGAAUCUAGCGCUCUUCCAACUCUCAGUGUCCUUCCUUACGCAAUAUCGUUUCGUCCUGCCACACCAACAUCAUGGGACCCUUGCCGUCACAGGACCGACCCUUGUCUGGUCUUGCCGCGCUCAAAGCGAAAAAGGCCGCUCCCAAAUUCAUGACGAAGAUUGUCACCGUGCAUCCAACAACGAAGCCGACCCCAAAGCCUCAAUUGUCCGAUUCGUCGUCGCAGUCUCCUUCCUUGCGCAAACCUGUCUCCAAUGGCGCCCCCCGAAAAGAAACCAUUCCUCGCAAAUCAAGCACGCCUGCCUCGGUGCCUUCCAGGCAAGGUAGCCGUGAGCCUCUGGAGCGAGUCAGACAUGAACGACAAAACCGGGUCAAGCGUGCAUCUCCUGCAGUUUCGACACCGAGAUUCACAAGCUCCGAUGACGAUAGUGAAGAGGAAAAGCCGAAGAAGCGAAUACGCAGAGACCAAAAUGACAGUAUCGACGAAAAACGGAAAGUGAGGGACCCUCAGGCGUUCUCGGCGGAUGAUAGCGACAGUCUCCCUAUGAUCCAUGCCAUACAAAUUGCAAACACCAAAGCCGAUGCACAAGGUAGGGUCAAGUAUGAAGCAUUCUUCACAGCGUUGAAAGGUGAUGAGGAUGACGACCCUGUUAUCGAACUUCAAUAUCCCACCUCGUUACAGGGCGAGGAGUACCAGCUGGUCAGACCUAUCGAUUCCUCCGACUUCAAGCCGUUGGAUGAAAUAGAAGCCAAUAUGAAAAUAGUGGCCGAAUACUAUCUGGACCGCGACUCGGCACGCAAAGUCAACAAUGAAGAAGAGGGCACAGGAUUCGUGCAAAUGUUGCACCGACACGCAAGCCAAGGUUUGAAAGGACGAGUUGGGGCUCAGUCAAACUACAUCGACGUUGUCAACCAAUACAACACUCUAAUAGCGGAAAAGCGCAAAGACGGCACGAUCGGCAUGAAGCUGGAUCAAAUGACUCGGGUCGACCUCAGGUUGGUCGAACACAUCAUCAGAGGUCAGGUCUAUGCUCGAACAGUAUCGCCUAGCGUCGAAUCUGUGAGACAGUACGAGGGUUUCUCGAACUUCGUCUAUGGAGAACUUCUUCCCAAAUUCUUGAGUCGGAUAUUCAAGGAGACCGGCUUGAAAUCUGAUCAAGUGUUCGUCGAUCUCGGAUCCGGCGUUGGCAACUGUGUUGUUCAAGCAGCGCUGGAAACUGGUUGUGAGUCGUGGGGUUGCGAAUACAUGGAAAAUCCGAACGAGUUGGCCCAGCUCCAGGCAAGGGAGUUCCGGGCUCGUUGUCAGCUCUGGGGCAUCAAGCCUGGCAGCGUCCACCUCAUUCAUGGAGACUUUCUCAAGAACGAGGCAGUGCGUCAGGCUCUCAAACGAGCGGACGUCGUCUUGGUCAACAACCAAGCAUUCUCCGCGGAGCUCAACGACAACCUGAAAUACAUCUUUUUGGAUCUCAAGGAGGGUUGCCACAUUAUCAGCCUCAAGCCCUUCCGCAGUCCCUCUCACAAAAUCAAAGAAUCGAACGUCAACGAUCCGAUAAAUGUGCUCUCAGUCAUUGAGAAAGAUCGCUGGAGUGGAAUGGUCAGCUGGGCAGAUGAUCCCGGGAAGUGGUUUCAUCAACGGAAGGAUAAGAGAGAGUUGGACGCCUUUAUUAAGAGCAUGGGAGCCCAUGAUUAGCAAUUGGACACGGUCAAGCGUUACGCGACGGAAUCGAACGAGGCAGCAAAUUCGGGAUUAGGAAGGGCCGGCCUCCGCUCAUUCUUGGAUGAAAGCUUUGACGACUGAUGAUUGACGAUUUUGCAUAGCGAUGGACCGGCAGCGACCAUUUUGGCAAUUUGGCUCUUUGGCCAUGCUUCGACAGCUAAUGUACUACCUAGUUAUUAGAAAUUGGCCUGGUGCUACUGACGCACUAGUGCUUUGAUGAUAAGAGAUCGUGG